AUCUGCGCUCAGAUGGUGCUGUCAAGUUGACUGCUGCCUGUGUUACAGGACGACAUCUCACAUCCACCAUGGUUGUCUUGAGGAUAAGAAAUGUGCACAAAAGGAAAUGUGCACUCAUCUGUCUUUGCAUUGUUGGCUUCAUCAUGUACAGAUACCUCAGCAUGUCGGCUGGAGGACGGAGAAUGAGCAGGAAGGUGGGUCUGUGUGCCAACUCAUCCCAGUUCACCCUGGAAAGAGAAUCCUUCCGUAUAAUCGGGGGAUCCAUCCACUAUUUCCGUGUGCCCAGGGCCUAUUGGAGAGACCGUCUGAUGAAAAUGAAGGCUAGCGGCAUCAACACCCUCACUACGUAUGUGCCGUGGAGUCUGCAUCAGCCAGAGAGAGAGGUUUUCAACUUCCACACACAGCUGGAUUUAGUAGCCUAUAUUAAUCUUGCUGCUGAAUUGGGAUUGUGGGUGAUUUUCCGCCCAGGGCCCUACAUCUCCUCUGAGCUGGACCUAGGAGGACUGCCAAGCUGGCUCCUCCGUGAUGGAAGCAUGAAACUGAGGACAACUUACCCAGGCUUUACUCAGGCUGUCAGUACUUUUUUUGACCAACUUAUACCGAAAGUGGUUCCACUGCAGUUCAAGAAAGGAGGUCCCAUCAUUGCAGUGCAAGUGGAAAACGAGUAUGGAUCCUUUGCAAAGGAUGAAAGUUACAUGCUUUUCAUUAAAGAGGCUUUACAGUCUAGAGGGAUCAGUGAGCUCUUGCUCACAGCAGACAACUACAACACAAUGAAGUCGGGGAGUGUGGCUGGAGCCAUCAGAUCAGUGAAGCUGCAGAAGCUAAAUCAGAAAGACAUCCAGGAUCUGAAUGCUAUCCAGCCCAACAGCCCCACUCUAGUGAUGGACUACUGGACCGGCUGGUACGAUGUGUGGGGUGACCUCCACCAUGUGCUUCCCCCAGAAGAUAUGGUGUCCACUGUGAGAGAAAUUCUGAGGCAAGGCAUGUCUGUUAAUCUUUACAUGUUCCACGGAGGCUCCAGUUUUGGCUUCAUGAGUGGAGCACUCGCUGAUCCUUCCUACAGUGCGUUGGUCCCCAGUUAUGAUUAUGAUGCGCCUGUGUCUGAAGCUGGGGAGUACACCCCAAAGUACCAUCUCCUUAGGGAUUUAUUUUUUCAGUUCAACAGAGGAGACAGUUUCUCUGACAUGCCAGCCCUGCAUUUCAGGGAGGCUUAUGAACCAGCUAUCAUGUUCCAGCACCUGUCAUUAUGGGAUGCUUUGAGCUUUACUGAGGGGCCAUUUAAGUCACCUAAGCCAAUAAGCAUGGAGAAUCUACCUGUGAACAAUAAGAAUGGCCAGUCCUAUGGAUACACACUGUACGAAACUACCAUCACCAGUGGAGGAUUAUUGGAAUCUGGAGACAAUGUCCGAGACCGUGCCCUAGUGUUUUUAGACAGAAGCUACAUUGGCCUUUUCAAGCGCCAAAGCCUGGAGCUGGUGGUUUCUGAUGUUAAGGGACGACGAACCUUAAGCUUAUUGGUGGAAAAUUGUGGACGAGUUCAUCAGGGAAGGGACCUUGACAAACAACAUAAAGGCCUCGUGGGGGAAAUUUUAUUAAACAAUAUCCCCUUGCAGGAUUUUACAAUUUACAGCCUGGAUAUGAAACCCAGCUUUAUUGAUAGUCUUUAUCAGGCACCUUGGAAAACUCUCCCUGACGCCCCCAGCUUUCCUGGAUUUUUCAUGGGGAGGCUGUUUGCAUAUGGGUAUCCCAGUGACACAUUUGUGAAGCUGCCUGGCUGGGAGAAAGGCGUUGUAUUUAUCAAUGGGCUGAACCUGGGUCGCUACUGGUCAAUUGGCCCCCAGCAGACUCUCUACCUCCCUGGUCCCUUUCUCAACAGUGGAAUUAACCAGGUCAUUAUAUUUGAAGAGCAGGAGGGUGACUUCAAGGUCCACUUUGAGGAUACACCUGAUCUUGGCAUGGCAGCAGAGAUCCAGUGACUGUCAUCACCUCCUCUGACAAAGAUUCACAAAGUGCCUGUCUAAACUUCAAAUUCAGGGAUAUCAAUAUUGUUAAAAUCAUAGCCCAUGUCUAAUAUAAUACCUUAAAAUAUUCAUACAUACUCACAGAUCAAUAUGAAAAACAAAGUGAGGCUUGUUUGUACAGGAGCAGUUUAUAGCUACAGUUUAUACAUACAGUACAGGCCAAAAGUUUGGACACACCUUCUCAUUCAAUGCGUUUUCUUUAUUUUCAUGACUAUUUACAUUGUAGAUUCUCACUGAAGGCAUCAAAACUAUGAAUGAACACAUGUGGAGUUAUGUACUUAACAAAA